AGCAAAGAUGCCAACCCCAAACAUCUCCACAUCUGCCGCCAAAGGCUUCCGCAGGGCGGUGUCAGAGUUGGACUCCAAGCAAGCCGAGGCCAUCAUGUCUCCACGGUUCAUUGGUAGACGUCAAAGCCUUAUUGAAGAUGCCAGGAAGGAAAGAGAGGCUGCAGCUGCAGCCACUGAUGCUGCAGAGUCUACAGAGACCAUUGUCUUUGAGGAGAAGGAUGGGAGAGCCAUGCUGAACCUCUUCUUCAUGCUCAGAGGAGCCAAGACUUCACCUCUGUCCCGUGCACUUAAGGUAUUUGAGACAUUUGAAGCUAAAAUUCACCACCUGGAGACCAGGCUUAGCCGAAAGCCCCGUGAAGGGACUGCUGAACUGGAGUACUUUGUGCGCUGUGAACUCCACAGCUCUGACCUCAAUACCUUCAUUAGCUCCAUCAAGAGGGUAGCAGAAGACGUGAGGACCACUAAGGAAGACAAAUUUCACUGGUUUCCCAGAAAAAUCUGUGAAUUGGACAAAUGCCACCAUUUGGUCACCAAGUUUGACCCUGACUUGGACCUGGAUCACCCGGGCUAUUCUGACCAGGUAUAUCGACAGAGAAGGAAAUCGAUAGCAGAAAUUGCUUUUCACUAUAAGCACGGGGACCCAAUCCCUCAUGUGGAGUACACAGCGGAGGAGAUUGCUACCUGGAAGGAGGUGUACAGCACCCUGAAGAGCCUGUACCCCACCCAUGCCUGCAAGGAAUACCUUGAAGCUUUCAAUCUACUGGAGAAAUUCUGUGGCUACAAUGAGAACAACAUCCCUCAGCUGGAGGAGGUCUCCCGCUUCCUGAAAGAGAGGACCGGCUUCCAGCUCCGGCCAGUGGCUGGCUUGCUGUCAGCGCGGGACUUCCUCGCCAGCCUGGCCUUCCGUGUCUUCCAGUGCACGCAGUACAUCCGCCACUCAUCCUCGCCCAUGCACUCCCCUGAGCCGGAUUGCUGUCACGAGCUGCUGGGGCAUGUCCCAAUGCUGGCCGACAAGACGUUUGCCCAGUUCUCUCAGGACAUUGGGCUGGCGUCUCUGGGAGCAACUGAUGAAGAAAUUGAGAAACUCGCAACACUUUACUGGUUUACGGUGGAGUUUGGGCUCUGCAGACAGAACGGAAUAGUCAAAGCCUACGGAGCUGGGCUCCUGUCUUCCUACGGGGAGCUCAUACACUCCUUGUCAGAUGAACCAGAGGUGCGGGACUUCGACCCCGAUGCUGCUGCUGUUCAGCCCUACCAGGACCAGAACUACCAGCCUGUAUAUUUUGUGUCUGAGAGCUUCAGUGAUGCCAAAAGUAAACUGAGGAGCUACGCGGCACACAUCAAGCGGCCUUUCUCGGUGAAAUAUGAGCCCUACACCCACAGCAUCGAGCUCCUGGACAGCCCUCAGAUGAUCUGUCACUCCCUGGAGAGUGUAAGGGAUGAGCUUCACUCACUGAUUAAUGCGCUCAAUGUUAUCAGUUAAUAUGAGAACUGGGCUCUCUCCUUCCCCUUUUCCCUUGCAGCCCCAAAGCUGCCCACCCUGCCUUCACCUAGCUGAUAACUCCUACUUGUCUUCUCCAAACAUUUGCACCACUGCCUGUCACCAUGCGACCCCAACAGCUUUCCACUUUUGUAUGUAGGGCCAGCUCGGAGGAGGUCGGAAGGACAGAUCCAAGGCCUGCUGGUGUUUUGGGUAGCUUUUCUGUUGACUGCUGGAAGAGGCUUAGCACAGACCAAAAGCAUGGCCAAGCUGCAAAGUUGAAGUCAAGAGCUGUGUGCUAGGCUCCUGGGUGCAAGGAAGACAAGAAAAGCUUCUUUAUUUACAAAAAGAGAAAGAAAACUUAUUUUUUGCAGUUUGAGAGAAUAAAUUAAUCUGCGUUUUUAGCCCCAAAGCAAUUCUUAUAGCAACUUCAUGAGGGACCCUCAGUCCCCACCAUCUCCUGCCUCUUACAGCCUUGUACAUUUGGGAAAUUCAGAGCUGCUUUAGAAGCUUUUCUGCCUGAACCAACACUAUGAGGUUUGAUAUUUCAGCUCCCAGCCCCCCUUCAGCCUCUCACACAGAGAGAUGCUUAGGCCCAAACCCCUGAGCUGUACCACCCCACUGGGUUGCCAUAAGUGUCCUAGGUCCCAUGAGACUCUAAACUGACCCAAUCCAGGAGUUGCCCAUCUGGCAUAGAGCAGUCCUGAUCUACCGGCAUCCUCCCCAGCACAAGCGCCACAGAGCAAGUCCUGGCCACCCCAGACCAGAGUGUGGGCACCCCCUUCAAUCCCUCUUUUAAAAGCUCCCACAGCAGGGAGUGCUUAAGAACCCAGUUGCCAUCCUUUACAGCAGAUAGAAGUCACAGCUAGUGAUGGUCAUGCAUGCUGGUAGCCCAGGGCAGCCUUGGCAGCCUCUUGGUGUCCUGAGUUUAUUGGUUAUUGCAGACCAAGUGGGGCCACUGGUGUCCCAAGUUUGCCAGCCCUUGGGAGGAUUUCAUGCACUCUUGCUUUUCCAGUCUAUUACACAGGUACAGCAUUGUCUUGUUCUUAGAUAUCCCAAUAUCACUGUCAUUUGAUGUAGCUCAGGUGUGUGACUAAUGCUACUGCUGGCCAUUUCUGAGGAAGGUAACAUAUGGUGAGAAUGCUCCAAUCCAGUUUCAUCCAGCUUUCUCUGUAGAUAUUAAUGGCUUGAUCUGACCCAAAGCUCUCAGUUUUCCUCCCCCUGCUUUUGCCCAUCUUAUCUUCUUGCAGGCUGUCUCAUAACUUAGUGGUUUGCUCAGAAGUUUGGCCCAAGGUUAUGCAGCUGUGCAGUAUCAGAGCUGGGCUUGGGAUGCAUGGAGGCACCUAAACAGCUGUGGGGGAGAGCGAAGGGGAGAGUUACACAUAGUUGUUUGCAUGGUCAGUUAUAACAUUUCUGUAUAGACUUUUACCAUCCUUAUCCACUAUAUAUGACUUUUAUAAUUUCUUCUUUAAAGAAAUGAAAGACUUAGCAGUCAAGUUUUGGCUAUUAGGUGUAAGUAUUCUCCAAUACCUACAUACACCAUUGCUCUCCAGUGUUACUUUUACUGUGGCUCAGUCAUAAUAGUUUACAAUUCAUUAUACUUUAUCCCAUUUCAGACCUUCACGUACAUAUGCUUAACACCCAGUUCUCUCAACUUUUAACUGCUUAGCUACUGACAGCACUUAGUCUCCCACCUGCUUCAAUCCCUCCUUUCUGUUUCCUUUCUUAUUUUAGCCCCUUUCCUAAAUUCCUCCGAAAUUGCUUAAAAGACCGUGACUGAAAUAACACUAGGGUUAGCUGCUGCUUCCUAAGUUGUUCCUAUUUGGAGGAUUGUCCCAUAAAUGAAUAAAACUGAGUUCAUUCAGUUGUUCUAAUUUUAGAGCACUUUUUCAAAAGCUUCAGCUAUGAUUUCCCAAUCUGGGUGGAUCCAGAUCUUGAGCUGUAACUCUCAAGGCUGUCUUAAGAGCUGUAACAAUUUUUCAUUCGAGGUCUUAAGUUAUCACUGUUAGAUUAGGUAGCUGGAGCAAGCUAUGCAAGACUAAAGCAGGUUAGGUUAUAGGUUAGCUAUCUAGCCAUGAAAAUCUUAUUGGUGACCCCAGUAAAACAGACUAAAAUAAAGAAGAUAAAGCUCCAAACAGGCAAGAUGUAACAAUGAAACCUGUAUAGUUAAUGCAUAGCUUACGUCCUUGUUAGCAAUAGCAAUGCCUUGUUACUGGCCUGCAGGUCGCUGUUCCUCCUCUCCUUUGGUAGUCUCCAACUCCUGGAUUACUGCCUGUGAGUGCAGCAAGGAUGCUGCAAACCCUGCAGACACAUCAGGCUCCUGAUCAGGACCAAACAGUGCAUCUCCUUGGACGUGUUUGCUUUCUGGUCUGGCCUGAAAACCCAUAAAGGUCUGAAGAUGGUUGUCUCUAGUUCUCCAAAGCGCUUCACAGUCAUUAUCUGCCUUGUUAAAUGUCUAAAAUUAAUACAAUUUUUAAAAAGACCAAACCUAUUAAUAUGGAUUGGACAGCCAAGUUAAAAAUCCUUGCAACUGCAGGAGCCCUCAACUCCUCCGCCUUGCCUCAGAGUUUGCAUUACUGCUCUGUGACUUUGUCAGCUGUUGCUUGUUCAAGGAGCUGUAGUAAAAUCUGUUGCUCUACGAAAAUAGAAAAUAAGCAAAACUCAAAGCAUAAACCAGCCCUGUUAGUAUGCAAGCAUAUAAAGAGAUCUACUGCAGCCACAUGGGAGGUAAACACCACAUGGGUUGCACCCCCUUGCUUCCGAGAGAUGAGGCUGUGCUGUGAGUGCAGGGGCUGAGGCUGAACAGGCGCCUGAGGUUCUGUUUUGGGGCAUUUUAUGUCUCUGUGUUCUUGAUAAAUUAAUGACAGAUUCCAGAACUGUUUUCCCCCUUAGGGGGACAUCUGAGAAACGUGAACCUGUUUGUAUUUACCAUUGCUCUCAUCUAUUGCUCUUCCUAGAAAUGUUGGACUAGAUGAUCCCUGGGGUCCCUUCCAACCUGCGAUUCUGUGAUUCUGUGAUUUAAGAUCUUAGGGACUUAUCCUAUUAGUAACAUAAUAGGUCUCCUUCCAUUUUGCUUUAAGGCUUCCUUUUAAUUUGAUUUCAAAUACAUUACUUGGCCCCUUAUUUCAUAAGUCAUAUAUGAAUUGGAUUCUUCCUUUCUCAUUUUACCUAUUUUUCUCAAGGUGCUGUUUCUACCGGAGCCUUAUUUUCUUCUCUAUCCUGCGUAAUAUUUUAGGGUCUUGGACAUGGGACCAUCAAUGAAUGAGCUAUACAAACAAAAUAUAGUAGGGUUGUAAACCAGUCCCUAAUAUGUCACUGCUUCUUAAAGCAACUAAUAUCAAGGUUAAAUUUUCAGCCCAUCACUUUGGAUAUUGUCCUGCAAUUUUCUUUAGUCUAUUUUUAAUAGUCUGACUGAUUUCUUCCUACUAGUCUGGAGGAUUGCAGGUGGUAGGGCAUAUGCAGUCCUUACUUAAUCCCCAGGUUACUUUUUAAGGCUCAGGUUACUUCACUUGCAAAGCCCUCUCCUCCAUCUCAUCCUACCUCAGCUGAUGUUCCAUAUCUAUGGAUAAUUUCCUUUAACAGCAUUUUUAUAUUUCCAGUGGUUAUAUUCCUUUUAGGUGGAAGAGCCUCAACCCGUCCUGGAAAGACAGACUUGGUGACAAAGAGAUACCGAUACUCUUCGUUAGUGUGUGACAGUUUAUCUGAAUGAUCCCUUUGCAGUAUUUGCCAAGGUCCUUGGUUUAGCCGGUACAGUAGAGUUGGCAGCUUUCUUUUACUAGUUCACUUCUGCAUCAUUAUUAUGUUGCAAACACCUUACACAGUUUUUAUUUAUGUUCUCUAUAUCUUGCUUCAUUUGGGGCCAAAUAUAAAACCUUUGCGCUUUUUUUAGAGUACCUUGUACUCCCUUAAGUAACUUAUUACAACAUUCUAAGAUGACUUGCUCUCAUUCAGCUGGCCACAGUAUCCAUCCCAUCUCUUCUAGCUGACUCCUGGUUGGGGCUGCAGUAAACAAACUGAGUCAAUUUAUCUACUUGCUCACUAAAUUGUUUCUCAGUAUUGCUUUCAGUAUUCCCAUGUACUUUAACAUCCUUUACGUAUAUUUUAUUCCCACUGUCCUUCUAAGCUUGUAAAAUAAACUUCCUGUUUUCUUCAUGGGUGUCCCAUUAUGUGCUUGCUAUCGCCUUUCUCCCUAUCAUGCAUCCAGUAUUUUAUUCUAUUAUCAGCACAGUGUCUAUCUAUAGAGAGAUAUUGUGCAGAGGGGUUUGUCUUUUACGGACAGCCUGUAAGCUUCUUGGCAGGAUCCUUUCUCUAGUUUCUCCACUAUUUGUUCCCUCAUUCCACUAAUACAAGUAUCUUGGAUUAUUUUUCCUUCUUGUUCAAUUUUAGUACAUCUAUGGGUGCAUAAUACCUUUGGUUUAUUUCCAGUUUCCUUUAAAAUUAUAUCCACAUUAAUAUCCAUUUCUUCUCUUUGUGUUUAAGAGCAGAGCAUGAGUAGACUGGGUUAUGUCUGGACCACUGAGGGUGAAAGCCUUGAAGACCAUCACAGCCUAGAUUGCCUCUGACUAGGCUUUCUCAUAGCCAGGGAAAUUUUGCUUCAGCUCCUGGGAGGACUCAUACGCUACUGGUAUCCAUUUCCCUUCACUUUUUUCUGUAACAGUAGUGCUCCCACAGAAUCAGCUCAUGUUAAAAUUCUUAUUAAUAGCUUUCCUUUGACUGGGAAUUUUAGUGUAGGAACUUCUCAAGCAGCUUCUUUCAUACUAGCUAAAGCAUCGUCUUGCUCUUUGCUCCAUCUCCCUUCCUGAUUCUUUUUCUGUCAUUUCCAUAAUGCUCUGCUGGUACUAGCAAAGAUGGAUACACUGCCAUAAGAUACUAGCACAGUUAUAGAUAUGCUGCCAUAGAAAUUAAAUCCUCCCAGCACUCUUCAGAGCUGGGACUGAUUAGAGGGAGUCUUUAUUUCACAGAAAGCUUAACCUUUCUAGCACCUAUUCAUCAUCUUGUUUCACCAGUUCCAAUUCCCAAGCAGUUAACCUGGGGUUGCAUUAAUUGUGCCAUAUUCAAAUUGACUUUAAAUCCCAUUUGGUCUAUUAAUUUUAAAACUCAGCUUCUUCUCUCUUGCACCUCUUCUUCUGCAGCUACAGUCCCAAGAAUAUCAUCCACAUAAGACUAUUUAUUUUCUCUGUCUCCCAGAUACCAUCAUUCAAACACUUUCCUAACACAAGGUUGUACAGCAGGGCAGGUGCUUGGCCCUGUGGGGUACAAGUGAAAGUAUAUUUUUUGUCUCUUAAUGUGAAAGCAACUCUGUAAAUUGCUUCUUCCCCUGUGUUUUGCCAUAUGGGAGUUUGCUGUGAAUUGUGGAAGUGUGUUUGUGCCAUUAGCUCUCCUAAUUCAUCUGCUGUCCAAGGAGCCUGACUCAGCUUCGGGGCUGCCGGGGGCAAUGGAGAUACCUGCACUCCAUUGGGAGUGGGUGGUUGGUGCAUGGUAUCAUGCUCUGCUGACAUUUGAGCAGCUCCCCAUCAGUUCAUGAAAGACUUUGCAUCUUCUGCAAGCUUAUGGACUGAUGUUAGUGCUGCCAAUUGCAUCCUUAUCGUACCAUUCUGCUGGGCAAUUUGAUUAAAUGCCCAUGAUGGCAUGAUUAAAUGCUCAUCAAGGAUGUACCCAGCGUGCAAUGAAUAAAAGCUGGUGGGGUAUCUAAUCUAAUCAAUUUACUGCUUAAUUCCCAUUUAAGUCAAAAUCUGAAGCAAUUUCUCUAAGUCCUAUACUGUCGUACUUCCUUUCAUAUCUGCAGCUACCUGCCUUGGGGUCACUUUUUUUUCAUUGUAAUAGCUACAGCAGUUUGAUCUGCCAUACCUGUCUGCCCCAGGAUGGCACUUGUGGUCUUCAUAGGAUAUGCUGUUAUUCUCAGCUUCUCUUUCUCUUCCCAUUUGCCUAUAUCAUCCUUGAAAUCAUCUUCCUCUGAUGGCUCCCGAUUCAGUUCUUUUCCACACUUCCUGCAGCUACAGCAGUUAUUUUUAAUUUUUGCAUCCCAAUCUGCUUUUGCAAGUGUCUAAUUUUAGCUUCACAUUUACUAUGAUCAGGUCCCUUUUGAGCUCUCCCUUGCUCCAGGGUGAAUCACUGCACUAUAUAUGUUAAUCCCUCUCCUUAAUUUUGCAGUUUCUCCUCAUCUUUUUCUAAAUUCAUCUGAUUUUCUAAUUGUCAUUGCACCUUCUUAUUGCCUUUUUGGGCCACUAGAUGGUAUUCCUUUUCUAAAGACAAACUUAUUUCAAGUCACUUGAUAGGCUCUUUUAAAACACAGUUUUCCUGUUGCAACAGCUGAUAUUCUGGUGUUGCCUUGGCUUAGUCGGCAUGCUUCCCAUACCAGUCCUGCUAAUAGAGGUGGUGUAUCCUUGAGUCUCCCUUCAUCUGCUCUCCUGUAUUGGGGAACAUUUGGUCUCUAUCACCCAUCAGCUUCCUGUGGCCUGGAGAGGUGCCCACAGCCCCUGCUGUAAUCUCUGAUAUUGAUGGGAUUUCCUGUGGCCCUCCAGUAUUCCUCGGUUUAAGCUUUUUUCCUGAGUCUUUUGAGAUUUUUCCCAUGUUUUCAAUUUUGUCUUAAGGUAUCCCCUAAGUAUUUGUGCACGAGGCUGGUCAGAUUUGUAGAGUUGCCUUGAACAAGAUCGCCCAGAGGAAAAGACUUUGAGGAUCUAUCCCGUCACACCCUCCACCAAGUGAUGUUAUAAAUUCCCUUUUCCUGACAGUGGAGCAGAUUUAUAGGAUUAUGAGGCUGCGUAGAGCUAAGCUCAAGCUCAUGUCCUUUGGGUGGGUCAUGGGAGCCUUCAUGCCAUUUCUCCAGGCCUUACCAAAUGUGUCUGCAAGCUUUAUAAAAGUGACCUGGAGAAAGCCAAGGUGACGGCUCAGCCCAGGUUAAAUCCUCCUGUAGAUGGAGCAUGGGCUGGUGAGGGAGGAAGAAGGGAGAAAAGCCUUCCCCUGAGCCAGGCCCCACCGUACCCUCUGUUAUCUGCAUGUCUCAGUGCCUCGCUGAGCAGUCUCUCGCUGUUGUCACUGCUGCUGCUGUGGGUGGAUGUCUGUCUCUCUGUGAAAAGAAAUACGAAACAGAAUUAUUUUUCAUUUUGGAAACGUGCUGCUGCUGACAUGAUAUUAAGAAUAAAAAAAAUAUAUUUCUGUUCUAGCA